CACCCUGGGGAAUUCCAAGACGACAGAUCCUUCCAAGGAGGCUCUAAGCUCCGGACUUCAGGAUGGGGGAUGAGGAGAAACGUAACAGGGCCAUCACGGCCCGGAGGCAGCACCUGAAGAGCGUCAUGCUGCAAAUCGCUGCCACGGAGCUGGAGAAGGAGGAGGCCCGCCGCGAGUCGGAGAAGCAGGCGUACCUGGACGAGCACUGCCCACCUCUGCACAUCCCCGGCUCCAUGGCUGAAGUGCAGGAGCUCUGCAAGCAGUUGCAUGCCAAGGUGGAUGCGGCCGAGGAGGAGAAAUACGACAUGGAGAUCAAGGUGCAGAAGAGCAGCAAGGAGCUAGAGGACAUGAACCAGAAGCUGUUUGACCUGAGAGGCAAGUUCAAGCGGCCCCCGCUACGCCGUGUGCGCAUGUCAGCUGACGCCAUGCUCAAGGCCCUGCUGGGCUCCAAGCACAAAGUGUGCAUGGACCUGAGGGCCAACCUCAAGCAAGUGAAGAAAGAAGACACCGAGAAGGAGCGGGACCUGCGCGACGUGGGCGACUGGCGGAAGAACAUUGAGGAGAAGUCAGGCAUGGAGGGACGGAAGAAGAUGUUCGAGACCGAGUCCUAGGCCA